CGGAGGCGGCCACGGUCACUGGCGCGGAGCGGUUUGGGCUGGCCGGACGGGACGGGCGUCCCCGGCACCCUAGCGCCGUACCUCCCGCCCCGCACACCCAGCCGGCAAGGGACACUGGACCCGGGUCGGGGAUCGCGGCCGCUCCAGCGAGCCGUGGGCACUGCCACCUGCUCACCUACUCUCCCUGGCCCCAGAGCCCACUCCGUGCUGGUGGGAGCGUGGCAGCUAGCUGCCCAGCAACAGUCCAGGAAGAUGAGUGCCUGCGGGAGGAAGGCCCUGACCCUGCUGAGCAGCGUCUUUGCUGUCUGUGGCCUGGGCCUCCUGGGUAUCGCGGUCAGCACUGACUACUGGCUGUACCUGGAGGAGGGCGUGAUUGUGCCCCAGAACCAGAGCACCGAGAUCAAGAUGUCCCUGCACUCGGGCCUCUGGCGGGUCUGCUUCCUUGCAGGUGAAGAGCGGGGGCGUUGCUUCACCAUAGAGUAUGUGAUGCCCAUGAACACCCAACUGACAUCCGAGUCUACGGUCAAUGUUCUAAAGAUGAUCCGCUCAGCCACACCGUUCCCUCUGGUCAGCCUCUUCUUCAUGUUCAUUGGGUUCAUCCUGAGCAACAUUGGACACAUCCGUCCCCACCGGACGAUACUAGCCUUUGUCUCCGGCAUCUUCUUUAUCCUCUCGGGCCUCUCUCUCGUGGUGGGCCUGGUGCUCUACAUCUCCAGCAUCAAUGACGAGAUGCUCAACAGGACCAAGGAUGCAGAGACCUACUUCAACUACAAGUACGGGUGGUCGUUUGCCUUCGCCGCCAUCUCCUUCCUUUUAACGGAGGGAACCACUCUCAUAUGCUCGUGCAACACUUGGAAGUUAACCCGCCUUUGGAACACAGCACUCCGUGUAGGGAGUGGCUGCACAAGUGGAUGGAAAUAAUCCAGGUUCCCAUCCAAAGAGAAAUGGGAGAAGGAAAAGUCUAAGUGCAAACAAUGGUGAUGCAUUGUUUCCUGAAAGCCUCUACACAUUAAUCCUGACUCCUCCUCUCCCAUCUCUACUCAUGAUGCCAACCAGUGUUGGAAAUGGCUCCAGAAAACCUCUGGAUUUUCCUGUGGUCAGCCAGUGGUGGAAUCUCACCACACUCUUGUUCUCUAGCCACUGGAGAAAGACUCAUGACACAUGUUUGGUCAUGGCACGUGUCUGGAGUAUGUGAUGAGGGGUCAUCUGGUGCAUCCUACCAACAUGACCCCAAGGCAAGUGCUGGAGGAACUGGGCCUAGAUCCUGGAGACAAGCUCAUGUCAGAUUCUGGCCUCCAGAUUCCAUUUUCCUGGCCAACUCCCAGGGCAUCAUGGAGCGAAUGGCCAGUGGGUGUGCCAUGGGAGGUGAGACCCCCCCCCAACAUUCUGAAGCCCAUCAGCUGGAGAGGAGGAAGAGAAUUUCCAUUUGUUCAAGCUGUUUCCUGAAGCACCCUAAGUGUGAGCUUGGGUGUUGAUGGCUGUGUGGGGUGCAAAGAAAAAAAAAGUGUAGUGAGAAUUUUACUUAGAUGCAAAAAGUGUCACCUUGUUUUGCUAAAUCAAACUAAAUCUAUCUGAGCCUCUGUUCACCUGGGUGGUGAGAAAUUCACUGUUCCCCAGGGUUGCAUAGAAAUCCAAUGGGGAGGAGAGGGCAGCAGCUGCCAGGAUGGAAAUCCAAAGUCCAGCAUUGUAGGUGCCAGGGUUCAUGACACCUGGUGUUCCAUGUCCUUGGGAACACCAUCCUGCCACCCCUCAGCCCUGCCAAGGACUCUGGUCUCUGCUGCUCUAGGAACCCAUCAAUUGCACCUCCUCACUCAUUUCCUUCCCAGGUGCAGGGACUGUCCCCAUGGGCUGACUGCUGUUCCUGACCUCCUCUAAGGACUCCUUCCAGUCUGCCAACCCCUUGGCAGGAUACUGCAUAUCCUUCCUCAGUGGGUCCUUAGAAACUCUAUGGUGGGCUUCCUUGCCUGGAUUGGGGGGAAGAAAAAGAGGUAAAAAAAAAAUUAAGUUUUCCCAAUAAUUUACCCUGUGAUCCUAUUAAUAAAUUAGUACUAAUAUAUUAUUUUGGUUAUUGCUACUAUUUCUUGAGCACCUACUAUGUAACAGCUUCUGUCCUGGAGUGUUUAUCCAGUGUGAUUUCAUUUUAUUUGCUUUGAAUCCCAGUGCAGAAUCUGAGUUAGCUACUUUCCCCAGUUCAUGAUGCACAGCCAUUAUUGGUCAACGUAAGUCCUGGCUCUUGAUUUUUUAUUCAUUUAUUUAUUUUUUCCCUUUCCCCUCUGCUGCAUGAGCAACCAUUCAGACGUGUUUAAUAUGUAUCUUUCUUGUCUCUAUGUGCUGCUUAAAUGGAUAUUGUUUUCUGGCAUGUAUAUUUUAAUUUAAAUAAAGGGUACUGCAUUAUACGUGCA